GAUUGUUAAGGCAUCAGUUGAUAUUUUCAAGUCUCAAGCUUAAAUUGAGAACAGAAAUCAGUAUCCCAUAAAAAUGGCAGCAGCAAAAAUUAUCAUUCUUUGUGCAAUUAUUUCCGUGGCCUUGAGUGCUUCUAUUCCCCAACAAGAAGAAGGAGUUAUCGAAGCUUCAUUAAAUGAAGGGGAAGUAUUAACCAGGCACGUUCGUUCACCUGAUAAUAAUCAACCUUUGAGAACAGUUGAAGCACGCGGUGAGCAUCAUGGUCGACAUGGAGACAGUGCAAGUGUAACCUACACCCACCCUGUUGGUAAAAAUGUCGAUGUUUACGGUCAAGUUUCUCGACAAUUCAAAUAUAACGACAACAGUGGUCAUGUUGGAAUUAGAUAUAAAUUUUAAAACAUUUAUUUUGUGUAUUACCUAAACUAUUUAUUAAAGUAUUAAAACGCUUAAAAACAAUACAAAAUAAA